AUGGACCGUUCAUCUCAUUUAUUCAACUCUUGGCACAUUGAACAUCUCAAGGGUUCAUGCAAGGGUGUGCUUCAUUCUGGUGGAAAAACUGCUAAUUUUGGAAUUUAUGAAGCUCACUGCUUAAACGACGUCGUUCCGCGACGAAAUCCUCAUCAAACGUCAGGAGGCCAAAACGACGCGUCGUACAACUCGUCUCCCAGGGAGUGUUACACUCCAAUCCCGUCCUUCUCCAUCCACCACACUGAAACACCAAAUCGCAACGACGUCGUUCCAGCAACCACCGUGUCCAAACCCUAG